AUGGGUUACAAACUCAUCUCUCUCCUUGUUCUUUUUCUUCCACUUCUAACAGUCACAAUCUUGUCGGGAGCCGAGCUAGCCUUAGCUUCUGGCAAAACACUCCUCCUCAACAUCCCCCACCGCAACAGCACGGCGGUUUCCGGCCACGGUGGAAACUCGUCGCUGAGAGGGAAGAAACAGACGAGAGGAUGUAACUUGUUCCAAGGACGGUGGGUUUUCGAUGCUUCUUACCCUUUCUAUGAUUCGUCCACGUGUCCUUUCAUCGACGGCGAGUUCGACUGUCUCAAGUUUGGUCGACCAGACAAACAGUUCCUCAAGUACUCUUGGCAACCUGAGGCUUGCACCAUCCCAAGGUUCGAUGGUGCGGCGUUUCUGAGGAAAUGGAGAGGGAAACGAGUGAUGUUCGUGGGAGACUCACUGAGUCUAAACAUGUGGGAAUCGUUGGGAUGUAUGAUACAUGCGUCGGUACCAAACGCCAAGACCACUUUCCGCAAGGGGUCUACUAUCACUUUCCAGGAAUAUGGAGUGACGUUAUACCUAUAUAGAACACCAUACAUAGUGGAUAUAUCAAGAGAGAAAGAAGGAAAUGUACUUAACCUUGGAGCCAUUGAUGGAGGUGCUAAUAUAUGGAAGAACAUGGACGUUCUUGUUUUCAAUUCUUGGCAUUGGUGGACUCACAAAGGCAAAGCUCAAGGGUGGGAUUACAUUCGAGAUGGAUCGUCUUUGGUGAGAGACAUGAACCGUCUUGACGCUUUCUACAAAGGACUUAGCACUUGGGGUCGAUGNGUUGAUCAAAACGUCGAUACUACCAGAACUCGAGUUUUCUUCCAAGGCAUUUCUCCCACUCAUUAUGAGGGAAGGGAAUGGAACGAGCCGAGGAAGAACUGUAACGGGCAAUUGCAGCCAUUAGGCGGAUCAAGUUACCCGAGCGGCCAGCCUCCAUCUGCAGCAAUUGUGUCGAAAGUGUUGAAAACGAUGAAAAGGCCUGUGUUCUUGCUCGAUAUCACCACUUUAUCUCAGCUGAGAAAAGAUGCUCAUCCUUCUACUUAUGGCGGCGAUGGAGGAAACGAUUGUAGCCAUUGGUGCCUCCCUGGUUUGCCUGAUACUUGGAACCAGCUUCUCUACGCAGCUCUUUCGAUGUGA